AAAAAGAAAAAACAGCUAAAACAAAAGCAAAGCAAAAGAAUGAUGUGAAAACGAAAAAAUAUGGUCUUUCCUCAUUCUGUCUGGUAUUUGGGGUUUGUCUUAUAAGCUUCCCAAUCCCAAUCCCAAUCCCAAAACCCAAACCCAAUUAUUCCCACCACCACCCACUCUUUCACUCUCACUACUCUCAUUCUCUUUCAUUCUUUUUCCUUAAAAAAAAAAAACAAAACAUCACCACCUACCACUACAAAACUCUCUAUUACUUCACUGCUAUUGCCUUCACCUCCAUGCCUCUACAACUACACAACUCUUCUUGAUCUUCCUCUUCUCUCUUUUCGCUUAUUCUCAUAAGCGAAACCACUUCAAAGUGGGGAUGAUGGCAGUGAGUUCAUCCUGCAAUAAGCUGCAAAUGGAUAACGGCAAGUAUGUGAGGUACACGCCUGAGCAAGUUGAGGCUCUUGAAAGGCUCUACCAUGACUGCCCCAAGCCAAGCUCCAUGCGCCGCCAACAGCUUAUCAGGGAGUGUCCCAUUCUCUCCAACAUCGAGCCUAAGCAGAUCAAAGUUUGGUUCCAGAACCGAAGAUGUAGAGAAAAGCAGCGAAAAGAGGCGUCACGCCUGCAAGCUGUGAAUAGGAAGCUGACGGCGAUGAAUAAACUUUUAAUGGAGGAGAAUGAUCGGUUGCAAAAGCAGGUGUCACAACUGGUGUAUGAGAACAGUUAUUUCCGUCAACACACGCAAAAUGCAACCCUUGCCACCACAGACACGAGUUGUGAGUCGGUGGUGACGAGCGGUCAACACCAUCUGACACCUCAGCAUCCACCAAAGGAUGCUAGCCCUGCAGGACUUAUAUCCAUUGCAGAGGAGACUUUAACAGAGUUUCUUUCGAAGGCUACUGGAACUGCUGUGGAGUGGGUCCAAAUGCCCGGGAUGAAGCCUGGUCCGGAUUCCAUUGGAAUCGUUGCUAUUUCUCAUGGAUGCACUGGAGUGGCAGCUCGUGCAUGUGGCCUUGUUGGUCUAGAACCUACAAGAGUCGCUGAAAUCCUCAAAGAUCGGCCUACAUGGUUCCAUGGUUGCCGAGCUGUGGAUGUUAUAAAUGUGUUGUCCACUGCAAAUGGUGGAACCAUUGAACUGCUUUACAUGCAGCUAUAUGCACCCACAACUUUGGCACCAGCUCGUGACUUCUGGUUGCUGCGCUACACGUCUGUUUUGGAAGAUGGUAGUCUAGUGGUCUGUGAAAGAUCACUUAACAAUACUCAGAAUGGACCAAGCAUGCCACAGGUGCAGCAUUUCGUGAGAGCAGAAAUGCUGCCAAGUGGGUAUCUGAUUAGACCUUGUGAAGGGGGUGGAUCAAUUAUUCAUAUAGUUGAUCAUAUGGAUUUAGAGCCUUGGAGUGUACCUGAAGUGUUGCGCCCACUUUAUGAGUCAUCAACUCUACUUGCUCAGAAGACAACAAUGGCAGCAUUGCGACAUUUGAGGCAGAUCUCUCAAGAACAUUCUCAGCCAAAUGUCUCUGGUUGGGGGAGGAGACCUGCUGCUCUACGUGCACUUAGCCAGAGAUUAAGCAAGGGGUUUAAUGAAGCAGUUAAUGGGUUUACAGAUGAGGGAUGGUCUAUGUUAGAAAGUGAUGGUAUUGAUGAUGUUACCAUUCUUGUGAACUCAUCUCCAGCCAAGAUGAUGGGUGGAAAUCUUUCUUAUGCCAAUGGAUUUCAAUCAAUGAGCAAUGCAGUUCUAUGUGCCAAGGCAUCCAUGUUAUUACAAAAUGUGCCUCCUGCAAUACUUCUUAGAUUUCUGCGAGAACACCGGUCUGAGUGGGCAGACAGCAGUAUUGAUGCUUACUCAGCAGCUGCCAUUAAAGCUGGUCCUUGUAGCUUACCUGGAGUUAGAGCUGGAAGUUUUGGGGGUCAGGUCAUUCUUCCACUGGCUCACACAAUUGAGCAUGAAGAGUUUAUGGAGGUCAUUAAGCUUGAAAGUAUGGGCCACUAUCGGGAGGACAUGAUGAUGGCUGGUGACAUCUUCCUUUUGCAACUUUGUAGUGGAGUGGAUGAGAAUGCUGUGGGAAACUGUGCAGAACUCAUCUUUGCUCCCAUUGAUGCCUCGUUCUCUGAUGAUGCACCAAUUAUACCUUCUGGUUUCCGCAUUAUUCCUCUUGAUUCUGGAAUUGAUUCCUCUAGUCCAAACCGUACACUUGACCUUGCCUCUGCUCUUGAAGUUGGACCCACUGGAAACAGAGCAUCCGGUGAAAAUUCUGGUCAGUGUGGGAGCACCAAAUCUGUGAUGACAAUAGCAUUCCAGUUUGCAUUUGAAAUCCACCUUCAAGACAAUGUAGCAGCCAUGGCUAGACAAUACGUCCGGAGCAUUAUAGCAUCUGUGCAGAGGGUGGCAUUGGUGCUCUCUCCUUCUCAUUUUGGUUCUCAUGCUGGUAUUCGGCCGCCACCUGGCACUCCUGAAGCUCACACGCUUGCCCGGUGGAUCUGUCAAAGCUAUAGGUGCUAUCUAGGGGUUGAACUACUUAAAAGUGAAGGAAGUGAAUCCAUUCUCAAAACUCUUUGGCAUCACUCAGAUGCAGUCAUGUGCUGCUCUUUGAAGGCACUGCCAGUUUUUACAUUUGCAAAUCAAGCAGGUCUUGAUAUGCUUGAGACAACCUUGGUUGCACUUCAAGACAUUACUUUGGAAAAGAUUUUUGAUGACAAUGGAAAGAAAACCCUAUGCUCAGAGUUCCCACAGAUAAUGCAGCAGGGUUUUAUGUGUCUUCAAGGUGGUAUUUGCUUAUCUAGCAUGGGGAGGCCCAUCUCCUAUGAGAGAGCAGUGGCGUGGAAGGUGUUGAAUGAAGAAGAGAAUGCUCACUGUAUCUGCUUCAUGUUCAUCAACUGGUCUUUUGUCUAAAACUUUCAACUUAACAUAGGAUGCAGGAAAAAAAAAAAAGUAUAGAUGUAAAGACAAUCUCUUCUUUUGGUAUGGAGAAACCGUAAAUUGACUUUUUAUGCUGUUAUGAGCAUGCUGCACCGAAAGGCAUCUAGGGUCCCAUUUUUGGCUAUUCUAUAUUUUGCUUUAUGCUAUAUUUAUGAACUUAAAAUGUUCUGCCUUUUCUUUUA